GAACCUGAUCCUGUCAAUCGCCCGUCCGACAGCAUGAGUACGUCCCGUGCCCUACUAUCACCCAGACGGUCGCAAUGCAAGCUAUCGGCAGCAAAGCAUUAUGCAGACUGCGAACACCUCCAACCAACCUAUCCAACCGAGCUAUUGGAGACGAGCUGGCCCAGUUGGACAACGCAACCGCCGGCCCAGUGGCAAGCAACGCAUCACCAAUUACGCCGAAACAGCAUUGGCCAGCAACAACCUGCCACGACGGACAAGCCACUGUGACGGAAGAGCAGCCGAUUUACGUCAACGAGAAGCAACUUCAUCGGAUUCUUAAAGGAGAGCCGCUUGAGACAAGCUCGGAGUACAAGCGUGACCAGAGCGGUGCAAGCCCUAUGCCCACGAAAUGAGGCAUACUCACGUCGUAAAAAGACCGGGAGGGCCUAGAGGACGCUUUGUAGAAACCGAAAAAUUGCGAGGCUGAGGACGGAGAUCGCAGGGGCAGGGAGUGAGCCGGGCAAGGGGGUGAAGAUCGACAACAAGGGCAUGGGAGAGGCGAUGGCGAAUCCAAACGAUCUUGAUUCAUGUUUCGGGCUUUGGCACAUCA